CGCCUGUCCCGCUCCAAGUGCACGCGCCGCCCCGGCAUGCAUCUGGCGCGCGGGCGGUGGGCGCCUGGGUGUUCGGGCCGCGGUGGCGGCGGUUGGGCCGAGGGAGGCGGCCGCGCGGCCGAGGUGACUGGACGCAUAGCCGGUGGAAAGAGGAAGGGGACCGCAGGCGCAGACCCGCCCGCAAUGAAGCCCCCCGCAGCGUGUGCGGGAGACAUGGCAGACGCGCCAUCUCCGUGCUCCGUGGGGAACUACCUUCGAUGGGAUCUGAGCGCCCAGCAGAUAGAGGAGCGUGCCCGGGAGCUCAUUGAGCAGACCAAGCGCGUGUAUGACCAGGUGGGCGCCCAGGCAUUCGAGGACGUAUCCUACGAGAGCACGCUCAAGGCACUGGCCGACGUGGAGGUCACCUACACAGUUCAGAGGAAUAGCCUUGACUUCCCCCAGCACGUUUCUCCCUCAAAGGACAUCCGCACGGCCAGCACGGAGGCUGACAAGAAGCUCUCCGAGUUCGAUGUGGAGAUGAGCAUGAGGGAAGACGUGUACCAGAGGAUUGUGUGGCUCCAGGAGAAAGUUCAGAAGGACUCUCUGAGGCCUGAGGCUGCGCGGUACCUGGAGCGGCUGAUCAAGCUGGGCCGGAGGAAUGGGCUUCACCUCCCCAGAGAGACUCAGGAAAAAAUCAAAAGCAUCAAGAAGAAGCUGAGCCUCCUGUGCAUCGACUUCAACAAGAACCUGAACGAGGACACGACCUUCCUGCCCUUCACGGUGGAGGAGCUGGGAGGGCUCCCUGAGGACUUUCUCAACUCCCUGGAGAAGACAGAGGACGGCAAGUUGAAGGUCACCCUCAAGUACCCCCAUUACUUCCCCCUCCUGAAGAAAUGCCACGUGCCAGAGACCAGGAGGAAAGUGGAGGAGGCCUUCAACUGCCGGUGUAAGGAGGAGAACUGUGCCAUCCUUAAGGAGCUGGUGACGCUGCGGGCCCAGAAGUCCCGCCUGCUGGGGUUCUGCACACACGCCGACUAUGUCCUGGAGAUGAACAUGGCCAAGACCAGCCAGACCGUGGCCACCUUCCUAGAUGAGCUGGCGCAGAAGCUGAAGCCCCUGGGAGAGCAGGAGCGCGAGGUGAUUCUGGAGCUGAAGCGUGCCGAGUGUGAGCGCCGGGGCCUGACCUUCGACGGGCGCAUCCAUGCCUGGGACAUGCGCUACUACAUGAACCAGGUGGAGGAGACGCGCUACCGCGUGGACCAGAACCUGCUCAAGGAGUACUUCCCGGUGCAGGUGGUCACGCAGGGGCUGCUGGGCAUCUACCAGGAGCUGCUGGGGCUGGCCUUCCACCAGGAGGAGGGCGCCAGCGCCUGGCACGAGGACGUGCGGCUCUACACGGCCAGGGACGCAGCCUCGGGGGAAGUGGUCGGCAAGUUCUACCUGGACCUGUACCCGCGGGAAGGGAAGUACGGGCACGCGGCCUGCUUUGGCCUGCAGCCUGGCUGCCUGCGGCAGGACGGGAGCCGCCAGAUCGCCAUCGCGGCCAUGGUGGCCAACUUCACCAAGCCCACGCCCGACACGCCCUCGCUGCUGCAGCACGACGAGGUGGAGACCUACUUCCACGAGUUCGGGCACGUGAUGCACCAGCUCUGCUCCCAGGCGGAGUUUGCCAUGUUCAGCGGUACCCACGUGGAGCGGGACUUUGUGGAAGCGCCGUCGCAGAUGCUGGAGAACUGGGUGUGGGAGAAGGAGCCGCUGCUGCGGAUGUCCCGGCACUACCACACGGGCAGCGCGGUGCCCCAGGAGCUCCUGGAGAAGCUCAUCGAGUCCCGGCAGGCCAACACAGGCCUCUUCAACCUGCGCCAGAUCGUCCUUGCCAAGGUGGACCAGGCCCUGCACACUCAGACGGACGCAGACCCCGCGGAGGAGUACGCACGGCUCUGCCAGGAGAUCCUCGGGGUCCCGGCCACGCCAGGAACCAACAUGCCGGCCACUUUCGGCCACCUGGCAGGCGGCUACGACGCCCAGUACUACGGAUACCUGUGGAGCGAGGUGUACUCCAUGGACAUGUUCCACACACGCUUUAAGCAGGAGGGCGUCCUGAACAGCAAGGUCGGCAUGGACUACAGAAGCUGCAUCCUGAGGCCCGGCGGCUCCGAGGAUGCCAGCGCCAUGCUAAAGCACUUCCUGGGCCGUGACCCCAAGCAGGAUGCCUUCCUCCUGAGCAAGGGGCUGCAGGUGGGGGACUGUGAGCCGCAGGCCUGCUGAGCCCAUGCUGCGGCUGCCCAGUCUAGCCCGAGCUCCCGCCGACCUGGUGCCUUAGCCCCAGCCCAAGAUGGGGCAGGCUCUGGCACAGCGCCUGGGGCUGGCAGGGCAGCUGAGCGGCUGUCUCCUGCCCCUUGUCAUUGUCUGUCCCCGCCCAGUGGCCCACCCAGCUAGAGACGGGGUCCUCGAGGCGUCUGGAGGCCUCUUGUGGCUGCCAGGGCCUCAUCUUUGUUGCACUAACAUGUCCCCUUCCUGGGAAACGUUCCUGGUCAGGAGAUGGCUCUUCUUUGAAAUGAGUUCAUUAAAAAAGAAACA